AAAACUAUAAAAAUGAAAUUGAAGCAGGAGAGUUAGCCAACAUGGUGCAGAAUAAACGUCAUUUUGUUCCAAUGAAAUAUCGUUAUGAUGAUUUAGGACGGCGUUUCAUGUUGCAACAUCCAAAAAUAGAAGUUCAAAAACAAAUACAUACUAAAAGCAAAGUCAAUGAAAUGCCAAAAGAGAACAAAGACUCUCGGAAGAGGAUUUCUGGCAUGGAAUUCGACUAUAUAGCACAAGACGUGCUAUCCAGCCUGUCUACUAGCUCAGAAGAAGAACCUGGCUUCAAAUACAAUACAAUUUUUCAAUACAAUGGAAUAAGAAAUACGAAUAAAUUUCAAGUGCGAGGAAAAGGAAGACAGGGAAAGUUAAACCCAGAAAAAGCGGCUACAGAAGAAAAAGAAGCUGAUAUUCAAUUAGACGAAGCCAUAAAAGAGGAACUGCAACAACGUGUCAAAGGACUAAAGCCGAUGAAGGUUUGAAGAAACUACCUACUAUAUGGUUAGAUACCUAUCUCUACUUCCAAUACGAGGUUAUGCGUUUCCGUAGGUAGUGUACCUACUACAGAACAAAAUACAAUAACUAAGUAUAAAUGGUAUAAACUCACGGUACCACGAUUUCGUUUAACUAAGGUAAAGGAUUCUUUAAUGGGGAGCUGUAUACACGUUUUUACCA